UGUUUAAAAUAGCCAAACCACCAAUGAGUCAAGGUGCUGCUUUGCAGCAUCACCGUCAACCCAAAACCACACCACUCGUCGAUGACUAUGAAAUUUCCAAUACGGUUCUCGGUCUCGGCAUAAACGGCAAAGUUGUUCAAUGUACCAGCCGCAAAACAAAUCAAAAAUAUGCAUUGAAGGUUCUCUUAGAUAGUCCCAAAGCAAGACGUGAAGUUGAUCUACAUUGGCGCGUCAGUGGCUGUCGUCACAUUGUCAAUAUUGUUGAUGUCUAUGAGAACACCUAUGCUGGCAAUAAAUGUCUUCUGGUAGUGAUGGAAUGCAUGGAAGGUGGUGAAUUAUUUCAACGUAUUCAAGAUAACGAAGAUGGUGCAUUCACAGAAAGAGAGGCCGCUCAAAUUAUGCAUGAAAUCUGCGUAGCUGUCCACUAUCUGCAUAGUCGCGAUAUAGCACAUCGAGAUUUGAAACCGGAAAAUUUAUUAUACACCUCACCAAAACCGAAUGGUAUUUUGAAGUUGACAGAUUUUGGCUUUGCCAAAGAGACACUGAUAAAGGAUACGCUGCAGACGCCAUGUUAUACUCCAUAUUAUGUGGCUCCCGAGGUAUUGGGUCCCGAAAAAUACGACAAAAGCUGUGACAUUUGGUCGUUGGGCGUAAUUAUGUACAUUCUAUUAUGUGGCUUCCCACCAUUCUACAGCAACAACGGUCUGGCCAUAUCGCCAGGCAUGAAGAAACGUAUUCGCACCGGACAAUAUGACUUCCCCAAUCCCGAAUGGAAAAAUGUUAGCCAAGCGGCCAAAGACUUAAUUAAAGGCAUGUUAAAUGUUGAUCCCAGUAAACGUUUGACCAUCGAAGAGGUUAUGCGUAAUAAAUGGAUUGCCCAGUAUACUGAAGUUCCUCAGACUCCUCUCUGUACGGGACGUAUGUUGAAGGAGGGUGAGGAAACAUGGCCGGAGGUGCAGGAAGAAAUGACCAGAUCACUGGCAACAAUGCGAGUGGAUUAUGAUCAGAUGCACAUCAAAGCUUUGGAUAAAUCCAAUAAUGCCUUGCUGAGUAAGAGACGAAAAAAGAUUGAGGAAAUUGCUGCUGCUCAAAAUAAGUAAAA